CGCGCGCCGGCGGAGCGAGUCGUCAUACACUGUCACGCGAACGCGUGCGAUAUCGGACACAUACACUCGCUCUGCGCGCGAGACGCGGAGUGCUGGCGGGCGAACGUGCUGCUGGUGGAGUAUCCGGGAUACGGGACGUCGGAGGGCGUGGCGUACGAACGCGCGGUCGAUCGACACGUCGCGGCGGCGUACGUGUACGUCACGGAAGAGUGUGGGGUGAAUCCGCGAGACGUCGUAGUGCUCGGACGAUCGCUCGGGACGGGACCGGCGACCAAGCUCGCGGCGGCGGUGGAGCGACUCGACGGCGCGCAGUUGGGCGGGGUGAUUUUGCACUCCCCUUUCACGAGCGUGAAACAGGCUGGGUUAGUGCUUUUGGGGCAAAUCGCGCACAUUAUGGAUGAUCGAUGGGAUAAUCGCGAAUGGGUGCGCGCGUAUAAGGCGAGAACGCUCAUCGUGCACGCGAUCGAGGACGAAGUCGUGCCGUUUGCCCACGCCCAGGAGCUCGACGAAAUCAGGCGCGCGGCGGGGCUACACUGCAAACUCCACUCCACGCACGGCACGCACAACUAUUUUUCCUAUUACCGAGACUACUUGCAGCCGAUAUUGGAGUUCAUCGAUUCG